AUGGCGGAAGAGAUCGCUAUUGACAAGAACACUUUUUUCAAUCGCCUAUCCAGCUUCUACGCAUCAUGGAAGGCCGAUAAGCGCUCAGGGAAUGCCCUGUUUGGAAAUGCAGGUUCUAUGGUCAUUCUCAUGGGCAAGACCGAUGAGGAGCACUCAUUCCAGAAGAAUAAUGCCAUGCAUUUCUGGCUUCUUGGAUACGAGUUCCCAGCCACACUUUUUGUUCUCACGACAGAAGCGAUCUAUGUUGUCACUACAGCCAAAAAAGCGAAACAUCUGGAACCACUGAAGGACGGCAAGAUUCCAGUUGAGAUUCUAGUCACAACUAAAGAUCCAGAAUCGAAGACCAAGGCUUUUGAAAAGUGCUUGGAAGUCAUCAAAACUGCAGGAGGCAAAGUCGGUACCUUCCCCAAAGAUACAACAUCCGGACCCUUCGCAGAUGAAUGGAAACGUGCCUUUGCGGAAAUCUCAAAGGAAGUGGAAGAAAUUGAUAUCACACCUGCACUUUCGAGCGCCUUUGCCAUCAAGGAUUCCGACGAAUUGGUGUCCAUCCGCAAUGCCUCUAGAGCAUGCAGUGGUCUCAUGUCGGAGUACUUCGUGGACGAAAUGUCGCGUUUGCUCGACGAAGAAAAGAAAAUGACACACAAGGCGCUCGCCGCAAAGGUUGACGCAAAAAUUGACGACGCGAAAUUUUUCAACAAGCUAGCACGACUCCCAUCAGAGUUUGAUGCGCAGCAGAUCGAUUGGGCCUAUGGGCCUGUGAUUCAAAGUGGUGGCACAUACGACUUGAAGCUCACUGCCAAAUCCGACGGCAAAAACCUUGAACCCGGCAUCAUUAUAUCCAGCUUCGGCAUCAGAUACAAGACCUACAGUUCCCUCAUUGGGCGCACUUAUCUGGUCGAUCCCACCAAAUCUCAGGAAGCGAAUUAUGCCCUGCUGCUAAGUCUUCACGAAGCAACUAUGAAAGAAAUCCGGGAUGGCGUGGUAGCUAAAGACGUUUAUAACAAAGCCCUGAGCCUUGUUCGUGCCAAAAAACCUGAAUUGGAGACACACUUCGUGAAAAACAUUGGUGCAGGUAUCGGAAUCGAGCUGCGAGAUGCCAACAUGGUUCUCAACGCCAAGAACAAUCGCGUCUUGAAGAACGGCAUGACGCUUUCAAUCACGAUCGGGCUGACUGAUGUGAAGGAUGCAGACUCAAAGAGUGCCAAGAAUGGUGGCUAUUCUAUGGUCAUCACUGAUACAGUCCGCGUAGGGGAAAGCGGUCCUCACAUCUUCACCAAGGACGCAGGUAUCGACAUGGACUCAAUUUCCUUCUAUUUUGGUGACGAGGAAGAGCCCGAGAAGCCCGUCAAGGAAAAGAAAGAGUCCAAGUCUAAUGCUAUUGCAAGCAGAAACGUCACACGAACCAAACUUCGUGCCGAACGACCUACACAGGUAAAUGAAGGUGCAGAGGCCCGACGCCGUGAGCACCAAAAAGAGUUGGCCUCGAAGAAGACAAAAGAAGGGUUGGAUCGGUUUGCGGGUACUACCGGGGACGAGAAUGGCGUGGCGCAGAAAAAGUUCAAGCGCUUCGAGUCUUAUAAGCGAGACAACCAACUUCCUGCCAAGGUCAAGGACCUCACAGUCUACGUUGAUCUCAAGACUUCAACCGUCAUUGUGCCUAUCAUGGGCCGGCCGGUACCUUUCCAUAUCAACACCAUCAAAAACGCCAGCAAGAGUGAUGAAGGAGAGUACGCGUAUCUGCGAAUCAACUUCUUAUCUCCAGGCCAAGGUGUUGGCAGGAAGGAUGACCAGCCCUUUGAGGACUUAUCCGCCCAUUUCGUCCGGAAUCUCACUCUUCGAUCCAAGGACAAUGACCGGCUUGCAAAAGUUGCGCAGGAUAUCACGGAACUGCGCAAGAAUGCCUUGAGGAAAGAACAGGAGAAGAAGGAAAUGGAAGAUGUCGUCGAGCAAGAUAAACUCGUUGAAAUCAGGAACCGACGUCCGGUAAAGCUUCCCGAUGUUUACCUUCGACCUCCGCUGGACGGAAAGCGUGUGCCUGGUGAAGUCGAAAUUCACCAGAAUGGUCUUCGGUACCUGUCACCAUUCCGCAAUGAGCAUGUUGACGUCCUUUUCAGCAACGUCAAGCAUCUUUUCUUCCAACCAUGUGCCCAUGAGUUGAUCGUCCUCAUUCACGUGCAUCUCAAGACACCCAUCAUGAUUGGCAAGAGAAAGACAAAGGAUAUCCAGUUCUACCGCGAGGCUACGGAGAUGCAGUUCGAUGAAACUGGAAACCGUCGUCGCAAGCACCGUUACGGAGACGAGGAAGAAUUCGAGGCUGAACAGGAGGAAAGACGGCGCAGAGCUGCAUUGGAUCGGGAGUUUAAGGCUUUCGCGGAGAAGGUCGCAGAUGCAGGCAAGGAUGAGGGCGUGGAUGUCGACAUUCCUUUCCGAGAGAUUGGCUUCACUGGUGUUCCAAACCGAUCCAAUGUUUUGAUCCAACCGACCACCGACGCUCUGGUUCAGCUAACUGAACCUCCGUUCACGACCGUUACAUUGAAUGAAAUCGAGAUUGCUCAUCUGGAGAGAGUUCAGUUUGGUCUCAAAAACUUCGAUUUAGUGUUCGUUUUCAAGGACUUCCGCCGGGCCCCCGUUCACAUCAACACGAUUCCUGUCGAGUCCCUGGAAGGUGUCAAGGACUGGCUUGACUCAGUUGACAUUGCCUUCACUGAGGGUCCUCUCAACUUGAACUGGACCACGAUUAUGAAAACAGUUAUCAGUGAUCCUUAUGGCUUUUUUGCCGAUGGUGGUUGGUCUUUCCUGUCCGCCGAAUCCGACUCGGAAGGAUCAGAUGAGGAAGAGGAGUCAGCCUUCGAGAUGUCCGAUUCAGAGCUUGCAGCUGGAGAUGAGAGCUCCGAGGAAGACAGCGACUUCGACGAUGAUGCGAGCGCUGAUGCUAGCGAGGGGGACUUCAGUGGUGAUGAGGAGAGUGGUGAGGACUGGGAUGAACUUGAAGAGAAGGCGAAACGCAAGGACAAAGAAAUGAACCAGGACGACAGCGAUCGUGGAAUCAAGCGCAAGCGCUAA